UUUUUUGAGAGUUUCUCUCUCUCUCGUCGAGGCAUAAACAAAAACAAAGGCAAAAACCCAUUCCCUCCUCCCCUUCCUCUGCUUCUCUUCAAUACGGCCAAGGCCCUGGUCGCCUUCAUUACCGGGCUGUGCGUGGUGUCUGGCUUGUGGUGGUGGUGGUGAUGGUGGAGAUGGACGGUGGUGGUGGAGGAGUGGGAGUGGGAGUAGGAGGAGGGGAGGCGGCGGGGCGGCGGUGGCGGCUGGCAGACGAGCGGUGCGACCUGCGCGCCAUGGAGACGGACUACGUGCGGCGGUUCCACCGACACGAGCCCCGCGACCACCAGUGCUCCUCCGCCAUCGCCAAGCACAUCAAGGCACCCGUCCACCUCGUUUGGUCUCUGGUGAGGCGGUUUGAUCAACCACAGCUUUUUAAGCCCUUUGUGAGCCGGUGCGAAAUGAAAGGGAACAUUGAGAUUGGUAGCGUGAGGGAGGUUAAUGUUAAGUCUGGUCUGCCUGCCACAAGAAGCACCGAGAGGCUGGAGCUGUUAGAUGACAAUGAGCACAUACUCAGUGUCAGGUUUGUUGGAGGUGAUCAUAGGCUGAAGAACUACUCCUCCAUCCUCACCGUCCACCCCGAGGUCAUCGACGGCCGGCCUGGGACGCUGGUGAUCGAGUCCUUCGUGGUGGACGUCCCCGACGGCAACACCAAUGACGAGACGUGCUACUUCGUCGAGGCCCUGCUCAAGUGCAACCUCAAGUCGCUCGCGGAGGUGUCGGAGCGCCUGGUCAUCAAGGAUCAAACAGAGCCCCUUGACCGGUGAUAUGGGUCCAUUCGUCGCUCGCUCGAUUCGGAUCAUGCAUCCCUUAGAAUGUGCAGAGCUAUUCUCCAAUGGAGCCCCUAAGCUCUUGGAACAUGCACGAAAAAGAUUUUCGAGGAGUUGCUACUGCUGUGCCGUGUUGUUGAGAAUUAUGUUUCCUCCUUGAGAUUGUGUUUGCUGUUCUUCUCCAGCGUUGUAUGUCGAAGGAGAAGAAUGCAAUGCUGUGUUAUUGUAGUGAUGAAGUAAAAAUGAAAAAGAAAAAAGAACUGCAAGGCCCUGAUGAACACCUACCUGAUUAUGUGGUUUGGAGGGUUUCUCUGUAAUUACAUUCGCUCCUAGUUUGCUGCAUGCUGUCUAAUCUCUCUGCUGUCUGGGUGUGUGUGUAAAAUACCUCACCUUGUGUAACUUUACUCUCUCUAUAAGUCUAGAUUAUGAUUUCAGCUGUGGUUGUGAUCAUCAAGAAAGAAGCCUUGCUACAGCUACUGUAGUUGGACUUGUUUGCCAUGGA